AUGGAGAGAAUGACUUUUGAUGACGCAGACAUCACAUGUACCGACAUGAGAAGCCGUGUGGCAGUCCCUACUUCACUCCAAGAGCAUCUAUUUAUCUGGGAGUUGGUCAAUGCAGUUGAUUCAGAAGCAGUUUAUAUCGGCUGUACUGACAAGGAGGAAGAAGGCAAGUGGUUGCAGCCUGGUGACGGGGGUGAAGAAUGUAGUUUCUUCAACUGGUAUCCAGGAGAACCCAACAAUGCAGGGGGUGAAGAUUGCGCGUUCAUGAAUCCUGAUUUCAAUGGUCGCUGGAGUGAUAAUACUUGUAUCUGGCCAAAAUACGUGGUCUGCCAGCGACCUGCCGUCGCACCAACCACCCCGCAUAUCCGUCUGCACUGCCUGCAAGCAGACACCAACGGCCGCUUCGCAUCCCACUGCCUGACCGGUCAUGUCAUCGAGUAGGUACCGAUCAAGGGCGUGGUUGCGUGUGGCUCAGCGUGCCGGGAUGAGCCUAGAUGCC